CUUUGUGAGCUUCCACCAUGGUGUACCGCGGCCAGGGUCAGAAAGUGCAGAAGGUGAUGGUGCAGGCCAUCAACCUCAUCUUCAGAUACUUGCAAAAUCGAUCUUGGAUUCAGGUGUGGCUUUAUGAGCAAGUGAAUAUGCGGAUAGAGGGCUGUGUCAUUGGUUUUGAUGAGUAUAUGAACCUUGUAUUAGACGCAGAAGAGAUUCAUUCUAAAACAAAGCCAAGAAAACAACUGGGUUGGAUCAUGCUGAAAGGUGAUAACAUUACUCUGCUCCAAAGUGUCUCCAACUAGAAAAGAUCAAUCAAGUGAGG